GAAUGACAGCGGGCGAUGAGUAAACUUUCCUCAGAAGUAAGGGAAGUAGAAGUGUCGCUUAUUUUUCUAAAACGCACCUUCAACAUAUGAAAUCGCCACCGUUGUGUAAAAUACGUAAUGAAAGGGAAAAAACGCUUUUCCCGCAAAGGUUUGAUUUUAACGUGAAGAAACCCAUGGAUACGGGUGACACGGGGAGGAGACGGACGAAAGGUGUGCGAGCCAGUGGCUUGGGAGUCGGGGUAAAGGAUGCGAAAAUCAAAAGGGAAGAGGCGCACGUUUUGAGAUCGCUAACAGUCGGGAACACGGAGGCCAAUGAGGUCCUGAUGGAGGUCGACUGUUUCCCCGGCGGGGACUUCAAGAGCGGGAAAUCGGAGCGGAAGGUCAUGGCACCCAGAUACAGCUUGCUGCGAGAGGUCGGAAGGGGCAGCUAUGGCGUGGUGUACGAGGCCAUUGCGCGCAGAUCUGGCGCCAGGGUGGCCGUGAAGAAACUUCGAUGCGACGCUCCCGAGAACGUCGAGCUUGCGCUUGCGGAGUUCUGGGCCCUGACGAGCCUGGAGAAGCGCCAUGAGAAUGUGGUGCAGCUGGAAGAAUGCGUUUUGCAAAGGAACGGCAUGGCACAGAAAAUGAGCCACGGGAACAAACGAUCCAAGCAGUACUUGCGGCUGGUGGAGACUUCUCUGAAAGGCGAGAGAGUGCUAGGCUGUCCCGAGGAGCCCUGCUACCUGUGGUUCGUGAUGGAGUUCUGCGAGGGCGGGGACCUCAACCAGUUCAUCCUCUCGCGGCGGCCCGACCCGUGCACCAACAGGAGCUUUAUGCUGCAGCUGACCAGCGCCGUGGCCUUCCUGCACAAGAACAACAUUGUGCACCGCGACCUGAAGCCGGACAACAUCCUGAUCUCUGAGAAGUCGGGCGCGCCCGUGCUCAAGGUGGCCGACUUCGGCCUGAGCAAGGUGUGCGCCGGCCUGGGGGGCAGGGACAGGGGGGAGGAGGGGGGCAAGGGGGGUGUCAACGUCAACAAGUUCUGGCUGUCGUCCGCCUGCGGCUCCGACUUCUACAUGGCCCCCGAGGUGUGGGAGGGCCACUACACGGCGAAAGCGGACAUCUUCGCCUUGGGCAUCAUCAUAUGGGCCAUGAUCGAGAGGAUCACCUUCAUCGACGCCGAGUCCAAGAGGGAGCUCCUGGGCACCUACGUGCGGCAGGGGACUGAGAUCGUGCCCGUCGGAGAGGCGCUCCUGGAAAACCCAAAGAUGGUGCUCCACAUCCCGCAAAAGCGGAGGACUUCCAUGUCGGACGGGAUAGUAAAGCUCUUGCAGGACAUGCUGGCGGUCAACCCCCAGGACCGGCCCGACGCCUUUGAGCUGGAGACCAGGAUGGACCAGGUCACGUGUGCUGCUUGACACUCAGAAGCUGAAUGACAAGGAUACUCUGUUGUUUUUCAGGUCUGCUCACCUCAGAUGCCAGAGAUCCAGUGUGUUUGCAGAGGUGGACAAAGGGACUGUGAUCUUUGAACUGUGAAGUUCCCAUCGUGGUUGAUUUUAAUGUGAAGAAUAAGGAACAAAAUUGAGCCAUUCAUCAUGUAUUUAGGACACAAAAAAAUGGGAAUACUAUGCAGUACAUUUGCACAGACAGUCAGGGUUUUGUCUUUUUUUUCCUUUUUGUUUUUGAA